GCGUGCCGACGCCUACGUCAGCAAAGAGCGGGGCUGGGGGCACCCGGUUUGAAGUCGUGCGGGUCGGAGGACUGCCGCCUCCGACUCUGUCUCAGACCUUUGCGCCCCGGCCGCGGUGGGUACGAGCUCGGGUAGGCGGCGGGGCAGAUGCCCGAGGGCCCGCGCCAGGACGCCCCUCGCCGCACUGGCCGCUCCCUUUUGCUUCGGGGCCUGGGCCUGCGCCGCUCUGCUCUCUGGAAACUAGCGCCUCCGCGGCGCCGCGGGUCGCUCGCGGCGAGCUCCGAACCGCCGGCGCCCGGCCAUGGCGGUCUCCAGGCUUGACCGUCUUUUUAUCUUAUUGGAUACUGGCACAACUCCAGUUACAAGAAAAGCUGCUGCACAACAACUUGGAGAAGUGGUGAAGCUUCAUCCCCAUGAACUAAAUAAUCUCUUAUCUAAAGUGUUGAUAUAUUUAAGGAGUACAAAUUGGGAUACUCGGAUUGCAGCAGGACAAGCUGUUGAAGCUAUAGUGAAAAAUGUACCUGAAUGGAAUCCGGUGCCAAGAACCAAACAAGAAACUACUUCAGAAAGUGCUAUGGAAGAUUCAUCAACUACAGAUCGAUUGAAUUUUGACAGAUUUGAUAUAUGUAGAUUGUUACAACAUGGGGCAUCACUUUUGGGAUCUGCUGGUGCAGAGUUUGAAGUACAAGAUGAAAAAUCAGAAUCCAUCUGGAUAUAAAAUAAAUGUUUUGGCCAUUCAAGAUUGAUGCCUUGAGUGGAAAAAACCUUGAUGGUUUUAAUGGAUUUCUGUGAAGUGGAUCCUAAGGAGAGGAUAGCACGCCAACGAAAACUAUUGCAGAAGAAACUUGGCCUUAAUAUGGGAGAAGCCAUUGGAAUGAGCACUGAAGAACUCUUCAAUGAUGAAGAUUUGGAUUAUACUCCAACAUCAGCAGCCCUUGUAAACAAACAACCUACUCUCCAGGCAGCUGAAUUGAUUGACUCAGAGUUCCGAACAGGAAUGAGCAAUAGACAAAAGAACAAAGCCAAAAGAAUGGCCAAGUUAUUUGCAAAACAGAGAUCCAGGGAUGCAGUGGAAACUAAUGAGAAGAGCAAUGAUAGCACUGAUGGGGAACCAGAAGAAAAGAGACGGAAAAUAGCAAAUGUUGUUAUAAAUCAGUCUGCAAAUGAUUCCAAAGUCCUGAUUGAUAAUAUUCCAGACAGUUCUCCUUUAAUUGAAGAGACAAACGAAUGGCCUUUGGAAAGCUUUUGUGAAGAACUUUGCAAUGAUCUUUUUAAUCCCUCCUGGGAGGUUCGACAUGGAGCAGGCACUGGACUUAGGGAAAUCCUUAAAGCUCAUGGGAAAAGUGGUGGUAAAAUGGGAGAUAGCACUUUAGAAGAGAUGAUUCAGCAGCAUCAGGAGUGGUUGGAAGACUUGGUUAUUAGACUCCUUUGUGUGUUUGCAUUAGACAGAUUUGGCGACUUUGUUUCUGAUGAAGUUGUGGCACCGGUUCGUGAAACUUGUGCUCAAACAUUAGGUGUGGUGUUAAAACACAUGAAUGAAACGGGAGUUCAUAAGACUGUGGAUGUGCUGCUCAAAUUACUUACACAAGAACAGUGGGAAGUUAGACAUGGUGGUCUGCUGGGAAUAAAAUACGCUUUGGCAGUUCGUCAGGAUGUAAUUAAUACUUUAUUGCCUAAAGUUUUAACUAGAAUAAUUGAAGGACUCCAGGAUCUUGACGAUGAUGUCAGAGCUGUUGCUGCAGCAUCAUUAGUCCCUGUGGUAGAAAGCCUUGUGUAUCUUCAGACGCCAAAAGUACCCUUCAUUAUAAAUACAUUAUGGGAUGCUCUUUUGGAACUAGAUGAUCUAACAGCUUCAACAAAUAGUAUUAUGACUCUUCUUUCAUCCUUGUUAACUUAUCCUCAGGUUCAGCAAUGCAGUAUUCAACAGUCACUCACAGUUUUAGUUCCACGUGUCUGGCCUUUUUUGCAUCAUACUAUAUCAUCAGUUCGAAGAGCAGCAUUGGAAACUCUGUUCACUUUAUUAUCAACCCAGGACCAGAACUCUUCAUCGUGGCUUAUACCUAUCCUUCCUGAUAUGCUUCGACAUAUUUUUCAGUUUUGUGUUUUAGAAAGCAGCCAGGAAAUUCUGGACCUCAUUCACAAGGUUUGGAUGGAAUUGUUGAGCAAGGCUUCAGUUCAGUAUGUAGUAGCAGCUGCUUGUCCAUGGAUGGGUGCUUGGCUUUGCUUAAUGAUGCAGCCUUCUCAUUUACCUAUUGAUUUAAAUAUGUUGCUGGAAGUAAAAGCUAGAGCCAAGGAAAAAACGGGUGGUAAGGUGCGCCAAGGCCAAAGCCAGAGUAAAGAAGUACUGCAGGAGUACAUUGCAGGUGCAGAUACAAUUAUGGAAGACCCCGCCACCAGGGAUUUUGUGGUUAUGCGGGCCAGAAUGAUGGCAGCCAAGUUGUUAGGAGCACUUUGUUGCUGUAUUUGUGAUCCAGGUGUAAAUGUGGUAACCCAAGAAAUUAAACCAGCUGAAUCCCUUGGCCAGUUACUACUCUUCCAUUUGAACUCCAAAUCUGCCUUACAGAGAAUUAGUGUAGCUUUGGUAAUCUGUGAAUGGGCUGCUUUACAGAAGGAGUGUAGAGCUGUUACCCUAGCUGUGCAGCCACGUUUACUUGAUAUCCUUUCAGAACAUUUAUAUUAUGAUGAAAUUGCCGUUCCAUUCACACGAAUGCAGAAUGAGUGUAAACAGCUGAUUUCAUCAUUAGCUGAUGCACAUAUUGAAGUUGGUAAUAGAGUAAACAGUAAUGUUUUUACAAUAGAUCAAGCCAAUGACCUGGUCACUACUGUUUUUAAUGAAGUCACAUCAUCUUUUGAUUUAAAUCCUCCAGUGUUACAGCAAUUAGAUAGUAAACGACAGCAGGUCCAAAUGACAGUUACAGAGACCAACCAGGAGUGGCAAGUGUUGCAGUUGAGAGUGCAUACUUUUGCUGCAUGUGCAGUUGUGAGCUUGCAGCAACUUCCAGAGAAAUUAAAUCCUAUUAUAAAACCAUUAAUGGAGACCAUUAAAAAAGAAGAGAAUACACUGGUACAGAACUAUGCAGCUCAGUGCAUAGCCAAACUACUUCAGCAGUGCACCGCAAGGACGCCCUGUCCCAAUUCAAAAAUUGUUAAAAACCUCUGUAGCUCACUUUGUGUGGACCCAUAUCUAACUCCUUCUGUCACAUGUCCAGUACCAACACAGAGUGGCCAGGAAAAUUCUAAAGGAUCCAACUCCGAAAAAGAUGGAAUGCAUCAUACUGUCACCAAGCACAGGGGUAUAAUUACACUCUAUAGGCAUCAGAAGGCUGCUUUUGCAAUCACAAGUAGGCGAGGUCCUACCCCCAAAGCAGUAAAAGCUCAAAUAGCGGAUCUUCCUGCAGGAGGUAGUGGAAAUAUCCUUGUUGAACUUGAUGAGGCCCAGAAGCCUUACCUAGUACAACGGAGAGGAGCUGAAUUUGCCCUGACAACUAUAGUGAAGCAUUUUGGUGGUGAAAUGGCAGUGAAGUUGCCACAUCUCUGGGAUGCUAUGGUUGGUCCAUUGAGGAACACAAUCAACAUAAAUAAUUUUGAUGGAAAGUCCCUCCUGGAAAAGGGAGAUGGCCCUGCCCAAGAAUUGGUGAAUUCUCUGCAAGUUUUUGAAACAGCAGCUGUGUCAAUGGAUUCUGAGCUUCAUCCCUUGUUGGUACAGCAUUUGCCUCAUCUUUAUAUGUGCCUUCAGUACCCCAGCACUGCAGUGAGGCACAUGGCUGCUCGUUGUGUAGGUGUCAUGAGCAAGAUAGCUACCAUGGAAACAAUGAAUAUUUUCUUGGAGAAGGUUCUUCCAUGGCUGGGAGCAAUUGACGACAAUAUCAAACAAGAGGGUGCAAUUGAAGCACUUGCCUGUGUAAUGGAACAACUGGAUGUCGGUAUUGUUCCAUAUAUUGUCCUUUUAGUUGUGCCUGUGUUGGGAAGAAUGAGUGAUCAGACAGACAGUGUAAGAUUCAUGGCUACGCAGUGCUUUGCAACACUAAUUAGACUCAUGCCACUUGAGGCAGGCAUUCCAGAUCCUCCAAAUAUGUCAGAAGAAUUAAUCCAGUUGAAAGCCAAGGAGCGACACUUUUUGGAGCAAUUGUUAGAUGGGAAAAAAUUAGAAAAUUAUGAAAUUCCAGUACCAAUCAAUGCUGAACUCAGAAAAUAUCAGCAGGAUGGUGUGAACUGGUUAGCAUUUCUUAAUAAGUAUAAGCUUCACGGAAUUCUGUGUGAUGACAUGGGUUUAGGAAAAACUUUACAAUCCAUCUGCAUUCUAGCAGGAGAUCACUGUCACAGGGCCCAGGAAUAUGCAAGAUCUAAAUUGGCAGAAUGUAUGCCACUUCCUUCCUUGGUGGUUUGUCCGCCAACAUUAACUGGCCAUUGGGUGGAUGAAGUGGGUAAAUUUUGCUCCAGAGAAUAUCUCAAUCCACUGCAUUAUACUGGACCUCCCACUGAAAGAGUAAGGUUACAGCACCAGGUGAAAAGGCACAAUCUGAUAGUGGCUUCAUAUGAUGUUGUGAGAAAUGACAUAGAUUUCUUUAGAAAUAUUAAAUUUAACUACUGUAUUCUUGAUGAAGGCCAUGUCAUUAAAAAUGGAAAAACAAAAUUGUCAAAAGCAGUAAAACAACUGACUGCUAAUUAUAGAAUUAUUCUCUCUGGAACACCAAUCCAGAACAACGUUUUGGAGCUGUGGUCAUUAUUUGAUUUCCUUAUGCCAGGAUUUUUGGGGACUGAACGUCAGUUUGCUGCUCGAUACGGUAAACCUAUAUUAGCAAGUAGGGAUGCUCGAAGUUCCAGUCGAGAACAAGAAGCAGGUGUUCUUGCGAUGGAUGCACUGCACCGCCAAGUCCUGCCAUUUCUUUUGAGAAGAAUGAAAGAAGAUGUUUUGCAGGAUCUACCACCCAAAAUCAUUCAAGACUAUUACUGUACUCUUAGUCCUCUCCAGGUUCAGCUCUAUGAGGAUUUUGCUAAGUCUCGUGCCAAGUGUGAUGUCGAUGAAACAGUUUCUUCAGCUGCACUUUCUGAAGAAACUGAAAAACCAAAGCUUAAAGCUACAGGCCAUGUAUUCCAGGCGCUGCAGUACUUACGAAAACUGUGCAACCAUCCAGCAUUAGUUUUAACACCUCAACAUCCAGAAUUCAAGAGUACCACUGAGAAACUUGCAGUUCAGAAUUCUUCUCUCCAUGAUAUUCAACAUGCCCCUAAACUCUCGGCUUUGAAACAAUUGCUGUUGGACUGUGGUUUGGGAAAUGGCAGCACUUCUGAGAGUGGCACAGAGUCAAUUGUAGCCCAGCACAGGAUACUGAUCUUCUGUCAGCUAAAAAGCAUGCUUGACAUAGUAGAACAUGAUCUUCUCAAACCUCACUUACCCUCUGUCACUUACUUGAGAUUAGACGGUAGCAUACCUCCUGGUCAGAGGCAUUCCAUUGUUUCACGGUUUAAUAAUGAUCCAUCCAUAGAUGUUCUCUUACUUACAACACAUGUUGGUGGCCUGGGGCUUAACUUAACAGGCGCUGACACAGUGGUAUUUGUGGAGCAUGACUGGAAUCCCAUGCGUGAUCUGCAAGCCAUGGACCGGGCCCAUCGCAUUGGGCAGAAACGUGUGGUUAAUGUGUAUCGACUGAUAACCAGAGGAACGCUGGAAGAGAAAAUAAUGGGGUUGCAGAAAUUCAAGAUGAACAUAGCGAAUACUGUUAUUAGCCAAGAGAAUUCGAGUUUGCAGAGUAUGGGGACAGAUCAACUCCUUGAUCUGUUUACUCUUGAUAAGGAUGGCAAAGCAGAAAAAGCUGAUACUUCUACUUCUGGAAAAGCGAGUAUGAAAUCAAUUCUUGAAAACCUGAGUGACCUUUGGGAUCAAGAGCAAUACGAUUCAGAGUACAGCCUGGAAAAUUUUAUGCAUUCUCUCAAAUAACGAUCAAAUAUUGUAAAUGCAAUUGCUGCUAGUUCAGUAACAUUUUUGCUGAUAUUCAGCAAAUUUCAAAGUUUAUGGUGAACUUUUAGCUCAAUGUGUAAAUAGAUCUGAAGAAUAUCCAGCAUAACGCUGGUUCUUGUUUCACUGGGGGGAACAAGUUAUUCUCAAACAUUUGCACUGUAUUAAAUUUAAAUGUUAAUGUGAAAUGGUUUAAAUUUUACAUGCUGAACAGCUGCAGAGCAGAGGAAGCAAACCAGGUUUACAUGUGCUACCAUGAGGUGUUCUUGCUGAGAACAGGCCUCCUAGCUUUAUACAGUUACUUUGUACAGGAUAAUAUCCAUGAGUACUUUAGGGUUCAUGUACAAUUUUUUUCUUUUAAAUAGAACUUGUUUUCAUAAAUGAUUAAAAUUAGGGCUUUUUUUUGUAUAAAAGCCUUAAUGAGCCAUAAUUUUGAGAAUAAUGACUACAAUAUUGGUCACUCUUGGAACAUGAAAAUCUUAGACAAUGAAUUAAACUAGGCCGUCGGUGGAAUCCUUUAUAUAUUUAAUGCAGAGGCAUAGUGUUUUUCAAAUCUUUAACAACAUUUUGUCAACUUUUAAAAUAUAUCAACUAUUCUAAAUACAGGUAAUGUUCUAUUUAAGCCUAUCAUAACAUCCUAAUUAACAGGGUGUUUUUUUAAUUUAUCUAAGGGCUAGGAUAUAGCCAGAUUCAGAGAACAUAUGUACUCAAUAGGUUUCAAUCAUAUAUAUAUAUAAUAUAUUUUUUGUAACUAUGAACAUAUACAGUUUUCCAGAAGUAGAUUUUACACUGUUUAGAAUUUCAAAACCUAUGGUGAAAAGACUGUUUACUCUAGUAAUGCAUGACUGAAGCAUAAAAGGGAGACACAAUUCCUUUAUAUACACAAACAUACAUAAAUACACAUAUCUAUAUGCACAGAGGUACCUGUCCUGCAUCCAAAAGGGUGCUUGGCAUUGGCACUAAAAUCAUGUAGUUAUACUGGGCAGCAAUAAUUGGGCAUGGAGCUGAUUAGGAGUAGAAAAGCAAGUUCAUUAGUGAGGGUGGGUAUAUGUAUAUAGAUAUGCAUGUAUGUGUAUGUACAUAAUUUUAUAAAUUUCACACAUAAAUUAAUACAUGCCUGUGUGCAUAUAUAUGUAUGGAAUAUAUUUGUAUAUACAUGUACAGGUAAUAAACAUCCCCCAGGUUUGUGGCUGGCCAUACACAUAGGCAUCGGUUUAAAAACCAUCAGACCUCAGCUGUAAAAUAACUUUUUUGUUUAAAGUUAUACUGUUCUGCAGCAUUUAGACAUGGACAUGUGUCACAUUUCAGUAGCUCUGACAACCAUACUGUAACAUUAAACAUAGCAUUCCACAAGAGAAUAAAAAAUAAGAUUUAAACUAAAA